CUAUCAGCCUCUUUUCCUUUGCAUGUAUAACAAAUCAAUCAAAUAAAAAUUAUAAUUGCCUAAUGUCACUGAUUGUGGCUCAAUGACGGUAUGACAGCGUUGUGUCCAUUAUUGUUGAAAUGCUCACGGAAAAUUAUCAAAAAUGGCAUCAAAAUGGACUAGACGUCGUAGUGAAGCCGGUAUAUUAAGAAAGAAUGAAAUCAAUGAGAAAAAAGAAGAGUUACUCGUGUUCGGCUAUUCAUGCAAAAUAUUCAGGGACGAUGACAAAGCUUUGUUCAUUGAUCAAGGGAAACACCUCAUUCCGUGGAUGGGGGAUGAAACGUUGAAAAUCGACAGGUAUGAUGCAAGAGGAGCCCUACACGAUGUGUCAGCAUUGGAAGCCCCGCCGGGAGGAUACGACUGGCGGGUGGAGUUAACAAAAUCUGAGCUUGAUGUGGAGCAACUAUGCGAUGAUGAACGUUACCGAGCUCUAUACACAAAUGAAGAUGAAGAAGAAAUGUACAAAGAGGAAGAACUGAAGCGUCUCCAUGCGGCUGGUUACGGACAAGUUGGUUUCAAUUAUGAUACAUUAGCUCCACCUAAGCCACCCGCGAAGCCAGUUGAGGUAGAUGAACCAUUUGUUCCGUCUUCAACUCUUGAAACUCUGCUACCUGAAGAUGUUGUUUUACCUGAGACACAAAAACUGAAUGCCAUCAUAGAGAAGACAGCCAACUUUAUAGCAAGUCAGGGUGUCCAGAUGGAGAUCCUCAUCAAAGCCAAGCAGGGUGACAAUCCUCAGUUCCAGUUCCUCAACAAAGACUCCCCUUUGCACCCAUAUUAUAGUGCGCUCAUCGCACUCAUCAAAGCCGGUAAAUGGCCUGAGAAGAAAGUCGAUUCUGUUGAAGAACGACCACCUGACAAUGAUGAAUAUCUCCAUCCAAGCUUAGCAUCAACCAUAAUUGAAUCUGCUCCAUCGAUUCCGAGCAUCCAAUACAAGCCAUCAGCGGACUGCGACUACACGAUGCUGGUGUCCAGCCUGGUGGGGCCGCCGCCCGAGGAGCCUUGUCCCGGGGAGGAGCCCCCGCCUGGGACCGAAGUUUCCGCUCCGCAUCCCCACAUUUCCAAGGAACCCGUCAUGUAUAACACGCAAGGAACAUCGGAUCCAAGGCUACAAGCAGCACAGACAACGUACUACCAGCAGUACGCAGCGUACUACCACCAGUACAUGGCGCAGGCUGAAGCACAAGCACGUGCGGAACAAAAAAAAGAAAUCACCGUAACCAAAUCUACUGGACUUAGUCUCAUGAAGAACUAUAACUCUGAUUCCGGGUCCGACGAUACUGAUUCCGAAGAUUCUUCGUCAUCGGACAGUAAAGAUCAAAUAAUAUUGACGCCCCCGGAAGACGUUCAGACGGUGAUCGACAAGAUGGCCGCCUACGUUGCACGAAAUGGCGACGAGUUCGCCGACAUAGUGCGUUCGAAAAACGAUCCCAGGUUCACGUUUCUGGAGCCCGAUCACGAAUAUCAUCCGUAUUAUAAAAGAUUACUGCAGCAGAAGAAAGGCGUCGACGUGAAUGGAAAGAAAAAGGACAAGAAGAAUUCUUUGCCUGUUUCUUUUUCUAUAAAGAAAUUGAAAGAGCCCGAUCCUAUUUUGCCGAAACCGGCUCUGCCUUACGAGUCGAGUACGGACGACGAGAACGAGGAGAAGCAAACGGAAAAUCAGGAACACAUUGAGCCAAAGGACCACACCAAAUUAGUCGCUCAGACCCCAAGUGUGCUUCCGCCCAUAGUAGUGUACAAGAUGGACGGGUUGAUCCACGAUUUCCCCGUCGUCAGAACGAUCGAGCCGGUCAAGCCGACAUCCCAAACAAGCCCACCGAAGCUCACGCCAGUUAUACACGAAGUAAAAGAAAUACCUAAAAUAGAUCCUCCCGGUCUCGUAGAGAAGCCACAACUCGUCGGACCGGUAACUAAUACUUAUGUCAAGGAAAACACGCAUAAAACAAGAGAAGAUAACUCGGAACGUAGAAAAGAGAGAAAGAAAGAUCGCAAGAAAGAAUACAAAUCGAAAUCUAGGAGUAGAAGUAAGAGAAGAAGUCCGGUGAGGAAUUCCGUGAAAGAAAAAAAACGGGAAAAAGAUGAGAAAGUUAGUAGUAGUAAGAAGAGUGAACCAGUCAAGGAAAACUUUCCGACCGAAAUUAUUUCGCUAGAAGACAACGGAGAUGAUUUGAUUGAUCUCACCGGCGAUCAGUCCGACAGUAAACUGGAGGGCGAGGCGGAGCACGGGCGGGAGAGGCAGCGGGAGCGGCGGCGGCGCGCGGCCGAGUUCCUCAAGAAGGUGGGCGUGGACCCCGGGGCCGCCGCGCUGCCCACCUCCUCGCUGGCCAGCGCCAUGGUUGAUACGUUGGAGUCUUUGAAACGUAAGAAAGCGGAAGAAGAAGAAAAAAGACGGAGAAGAGAAAAGAGAAGACAUCGAGAAAAAUAUUACGACGAUGAGUCUCAAAAAAUGCAUCAUAAAAGCAAAAGAAGAAGGCGCAGAUCGUCUGAAAGCGAAGACGCCGAUAAUGAUGGCUCGAAAAAUAAGAAGCGCAAGAAGGAAAAGAAACACGCCUCGAAAAGCAAGAAGAAGAGAAGAAAAGAGGACGAAGACAGUGAGCAGAGGUUGCCGGACAUUGACCUCACGCACACCCUCAAGGAGCUGCGGACCAACUCUCCGACCAAAGACUUGGUGCUUCAGAACUUGGAAGUUAACACGACCGCCAGACGGAACUCCGACGAGGACGUAGCUAAGAAUAGAAAGAGAAAGAAAGACAGAGAGUACAGCGAGGGCGAGUGGUCUAGCGAUAGUGAGGAAGAUUCAAAGUCUUCGGAGAGUCAGCACGGAUAAUAUUAAGUUUUAUUUUUUUGUAUCCGUUGAAGAUAGCAAUGAUUGUCGUUGUAUGGACAUUAUUAUUAGCUCUGUGAGUUUAGAAGCAACGAUUCGCUUAGUUACUAGGCAGUGUGAUUGUUGAAAAUGAUAAUAUCAAGAGAUAAAAGGGUUAAUUGGUUUAAUAAGCUUAAUACGCGACCAUUUAUUUUUGUAAUUAAAAUUUUGUUUUAUUUGAUACUAACGACCAGCACUCGCUUCGCUUCGGAAACAUUAAAUUUUAUUAUUGAUAGCCGAGUCCCGCGAUGUUACCCGCGGUUAUUGGGCGAAGCUAGUCUAAAAAAACUAGCCUAAAUUACUCCUUAUAUCAUCAGCUACCAAUAAGUGAAAGUCCCGUCAAAAUCGGUGCAGCCGUUCCAGAAAUUAGCUGGCACAAACAGACAGACAAACAGACAAAAUUUGUUAAAAAAUUAUAUUGGUGUAUGUACCGUAUAUAUAUUCAUAUGCGUGUAGUAAAAAGAGGCCAUUUCAAUAUUACAAACAGACACUCCAAUUUUAUUUAUAUGUAAAGAUUAGCAUCAACAGUUUGAUGUAUUUCAUUGAAUUUCAAUUAAGUUUACUCUAUUGAAAUAGCGGCAGUAGUAUUUUUUGUAACGAUAUUUUUUUUCAAAAAUUCAAACUUUAAAUGGCACUCCCUGUAAAGUGUCAUAAAAUUAAAUGUCGCUUAAACCAAAUGACCUUUUACCUAUCGAUAUAUGAGUCGUCUAUUAUCAAAGGUGGCAAUCUGUGCAUUUGGACAAAAAAAUGUUAUUGAUAUGUCAAUACAGAUUGAUUUGAAUAUAAUCGUCUCCUUCAAAGAAUACGGUUCAAAACCUGCAUUAAAUAAAGGUUAAUACUUAACCUGUUAUUUAUCUAAGAUGUCGUUCAGAAGAGUUUUGUGACUGCCAAUGGAAUACAAAGUCAAUAAUUCGUUUUUCUGAUUUACCAAUAAUUGUCCAAAAGUCACAUUGCCGGCUUUGAUAAUAGUCGACUCAUAUAAUCUAUCAUCUGAAAUCGAUGCUUUUUCUGAGUUGUGUUAAAACUAAUUACAGAAAGAAAAGUUCGUGUGAGUUAUUUGAGAUUGACCUUGUAUUGACCGGGAAUGUGUUGCUUACGACAUGGGAGGUCGUUAUGGGAGGGAACGAGCUCUCGGCCCACCUUCCGUGAAGUGGUCACACGUUGAAACGUAAACGCCGCCGUCUUGAGACAUGAGGCCUCUGUCUCACGCAUCAAACCGGAACGCGUCACUGCUAUGCGUUAGAAUUAACUACAAUGGUACUACUUACUUGGGGGGGGGACUUGGGUGAGUGUCUUAUUCGCCUUUGCAGCAUUUUUUUUUUCUUUCGAGCCGGGCCUCGUCGAUGUCGGCGUGAGCUCGUCUACGCAACUAAGAAAAAAAAUUAAGACAAUAGACCUCAAGACUCGAGCGGUAACCACUUAAUGCUAGAUAGACCGCAAGCUCGUUCAUAGGUUUAAAAUAAAAGAUAUUUCAACAAAAAGUUGUAUUGUAUUUUAAUGCUAUUUAAUUAAUUUUCUGUACAAUUGAUACGAUAAAAUAAAUUAAAAAUAAUUCUUUUAACUAA